GGACUUUCUAACUAUAGACUCUUAUUUUGAAAACCACAUAGCCAUCCGGAAUCACGUGCCCUGCUGCUCUGGACUGUGAAACCAAACAAGACUACUCUGCGUUUAUGUCCACUUUAGCUAAAGCGAUGUCCAAGUUCCGCCUGGCUGUGGUCCAGCUGCAGGUGACGAGCGUCAAGGCGGACAACCUGAGCAGAGCCCGGAGGCUGGUGAAGGAGGCUGCGGGACAAGGCAGCAGAGUGGUGCUGCUGCCGGAAUGCUUCAAUUCUCCAUAUGGAACCUGCUUCUUCUCUGAGUAUGCUGAGAGGAUCCCAGGAGAGUCCACUCAGGUGCUGUCAGAGGCAGCCAAGGAGAAUAAGGUGUAUCUAGUGGGAGGAUCCAUCCCUGAAGAGGACGGUGGGAAGUUGUACAACAGCUGUACAGUGUUUGGGCCUGAUGGAGAGCUGAUUCUUAAACAUAGGAAGAUUCACCUCUUUGACAUUGACGUUCCGGGGAAAAUCCGCUUCCAGGAGUCCGAGACUCUGAGCCCAGGCAACAGUUUGUCAAUGUUCCAAACACCGUUCUGUAAAGUGGGUGUGGGGAUUUGCUACGACAUGAGGUUUGCUGAGCUGGCGCAGCUCUACAGCAGGGAAGGCUGUCAGCUGCUGGUCUACCCUGGAGCCUUCAACAUGACCACAGGUCCAGCUCACUGGGAGCUGCUUCAGAGGGGGAGGUCAGACUCACAGUCCCAGUCACUGUCCACAAUCACUUCAUUAUCUAGUGAAGACACAUUUUACUGUGAUACCAACUAUCUUAUAUAGUUAGGGCUGGGCGAU